AUGCAACAAAGUCGAUUGGAUAAAUUUUUUACAAUUAAAAAAUCAGCAACAACUAGUAAAUUAGUGAAUAAUAGUAAUGAUGACGAUGGUGGUUUAAAUGAUUCAACAACAUCUAAUCGACAAACCAAUAAACGAUUAUCGACAAAUGCAUAUGAGAAUAACAAGAAACUAAAACGAACAAAAUCAGAUUCACAUGCAAUAAACAGUGAGGAUAGUUCUCAAAGUAAGGAAAAUAUCGAAACUAACUUCUCGUUAAAUCAAUUUUAUUUGGAUAAAUUCUUAUUAAUUCUUUCAUCAUUACUUGAACAUCAUAAAUGUUUAUUUGAUGAAAAUGAAUUAAUAUUAUUGAAAAAAUUUCAAGCAUUAUCUGCGUCAUCACAAAUUAUAUUUGUUCGUUUAUUAAUGCGUCGUUGUAAAUGGCUUCGACGAUCGACUAUUAAUUAUGAAAUAUCUGAUGUAACAAAUGAUAACGAUAGUUUAAAUCCACUUGUGCAAAUAGGUUUAUUACAAGAUAUAUCAUCAUUAGACAAUCUUGAUGCUGGUCUUCGUUUAUUAACUAGUGAUGAAAUGCGUGAUUUUUCGAAACGUUUCCAUUGUCAAUCAAAAACAAAUAAAUCGAAAAAAACCUCAAUAGAAAAUUUAAAAAAUCUAACAAACCAAUAUAAAUCAAUGUUUGGCUCAACGACGACGACAAAUCGUGAUCAUAUUUUAUUAAAAGAAUUAAAACGAAUGAUAAAUAAUUGUUAUAAAAUAUCCGAAGAUGUUCGUGGAUUGUUUUUUCGUAUGAUGUUAACGUAUCACCCAGUUGCACUUUUAGCUACGGAUGAUCUUGAUCAAAAUGCAUUUGCACUAUUAUAUAAAACAUUUCAAAUUACUCGUGGACAACUUCGACUACCAUGGAAUGCAGAUCAAAUUAAUCAUGAAUAUUUACCAUUUAAAACCCCUGAACAAUUGAAGUGUUACCAAGAAGCUAUCGAUCUUCAAACAGAAUAUUUUCAAUUAGAAGAAUCGAAAAAUACCGAUGAAUUAAUAAAAUUCUAUGAAACAUAUAAUGAACAAUUUCGUGCAAUGAUUGACUCAUCUAUUGAAAAUGAACAAUUGCCCGGCUAUUUUCGUCGCUUUUCACCCGAUUAUGUUCGUGCUCGUAUUCUGUCGUCGCUAACUGAAAUAUUACAACGAGCUCGACGUUAUGAUGAAUCUAUCGAAUUAAUUCAAUAUUUACUGAAUCGAGCAAACUAUAGUCGACAUCGUCGAGGUAAAUUAUGGAAUCGUUUAGCACUUAUACAAGAAAAUUAUGUUAAAACGAAUGGUCAUCAACAAUGUUUAAAUACAAUAUAUGAUGCAUUAAAGGAUCCUUAUGUUAAAUUAGGUGAUCGUCUUUCACUGUGUGAACGAGCAAGAAAAUUAUAUUCACGACCAAAAUCCAGAGGAGUACUUGUAGCAGAUUGGAUAAACAAUGAAGACGAAAAACUAAUGUGGAAUAUACCAAUGCCGACUGAAAUUGAAGUUACUGGACGUCUAAUAGCCAAUGAUGCUCGAAUGGGUAAAGUAACAUAUACAAUACAAGAUCCAGUUGAUGGUUCAAUACAAUUUUGUAAUGUUGAACAAUUAGCUAUUCAACAUUAUCGAACGCAAGAGGAUUAUCCUUAUGGUAUUCAUUCUGAAGGAGCUAUAAUUCGAACAUUAAUUGGCCUUUUAUUUCUUGAUUUAAUUUAUACGUUGCCAACACCUGAUCUACUUAUUGAUAUAUUUCAAACAGAACCUCUUGAUUUUCAAACCGAUGCUUUUUAUAAGUCACGUCAAAGCCAGAUUGAUGAACGAAUAAGUCACUUGAAUUCUGAAGAAAAUAUUCAAGAUGUCGCUGAAAAAAACUGGGAUAUGUACAAUCUAACAAUGAGUUCCGUUGUAAAUUGGGAAUUAUUUCCAACAAAAUCAACAUUAUUAAGUGCUUUGAAAUGUUUAACAUCCGAACAAAUUCAAUUAAUAUCAACUUAUACAUUUGUACAUAAUCGUGCUGUAUGGAAAGGUUUUCCAGAUUUAUUCGUAUGGAACCCGGUAUCCAAAAAAUGCAAAUUUGUUGAAGUAAAAAGUCAUAAUGACCGUCUUUCACAUCAUCAAAUAGUCUGGCUUGAUAAAUUAGUUGAAUUUGAAAUUGAUUGUGAAGUAUGUAAAGUUAGUGCCAACGGUGCAAAGAAAACGUUACAGCGAACGCCAUCAAUUAUUGAACUUGAUUAA